GAAAAGAUGAAAUGUCGGAGAGAUGUUUUGAUUCCUUAACUCUUUUGGCCAUUAGUUUUUCUCUCUCUCUGAUUCUUUGUUAGGUUUGGCUGAUGAUCGUUCAGAGCAGCAUUCACAUCCGAAAAUGUUGCAAUCUAAAAAGACAAAAUAAACUCUUUUCUUUUUCAUACUAUUGAAUGACAAAUGGACCACAAAGGAAGAAACAUUGAUGCUGCUUUUGAUCAUUGAAUAGUUUUAGGUUUACUGUUUGUCCUUUUCCGCACAGAGUUCAUGAUCUUGUUCUCUUGUGUAUAUGUACAUCUAUAGGAUGUUGUUUAGACAAGAAACAUAAUAUGUUUUCUUAGGGUUUUUUCUAGGAUAUAUAUAUAUAUAGUUCUCUAGAAAAAAAUAUAAAGAUGAGCAAGGAACAAAGCUGUGUUCUAAAAGCUUGGGAGGUGACGGUGAGAAAGACCCAACAAGCGAAGAAGCGUGCAAACAGCAUUUUCGGGACGGUAUCGGUAGCUCCACAGACAUAUGAUGACACAACUCCGACUGAUGAUAAUGAUGACGAGAGCAGCACUAACAGAAGCGGCACAGGGGACUUGUACCAGGCAGAGAGAAUACUUCCCAACGGAGACUAUUACACAGGGCAGUGGUUUGAUAGUUUCCCUCACGGUCACGGCAAGUAUCUAUGGACAGAUGGUUGCAUGUACAUUGGUGAGUGGUACAACGGGAAGACUAUGGGGAAAGGAAAGUUCGGUUGGCCCUCUGGUGCCACGUACGAAGGCGAGUUCAAAAGCGGAUACAUGGAUGGGAUUGGCACUUACACAGGUCCUAGUGGAGAUACUUACAGAGGCCAGUGGGUGAUGAACCUGAAACAUGGACAUGGGAUCAAGAGUUUCGCAAACGGAGACGUGUAUGACGGUGAAUGGAGGAGGGGUUUGCAAGAAACUCAAGGGAAGUAUCGUUGGAGAGACAAGAGUUAUUACAUUGGGGAAUGGAAGAACGGUAUGAUCUGUGGCAAAGGUACUUUUGUUUGGACUGAUGGUUGUAGAUACGACGGGUUUUGGGAUGAAGGUUUCCCUAGCGGGAACGGUACUUUCAAAUGGGACGAUGGGAGUUUCUACGUUGGUCACUGGUCUAAAGAUCCUGAAGAGAUGAACGGUACGUAUUACCCAUCAGGGGACGAAGGUGAUCUUGAAUGGGACCCUAAAGACGUGUUCAACAAUCUGAGUGAGUACCAGAUAUGCAGCGGAGAGAGGGUUCCGGUGUUGCCUUCGCAGAAGAAGCUCUCUGUUUGGAACUCUUCGAAGCGUGUGGAGAUACCGAGGAGGAUGUCUGUUGAUGGGAGGGUGAGUGUUGGAGUAGAUAGAGCGUUUGAGAAGAUGAAUAUGUGGGGAAGCGAAAGCGGUGAAGGCGCUGCUGAUAUUGAUUCAACCACAAGGAGAGAUUUGGAUGCUGAGAUUAUGAGACUUGAGGCCGAAGGCUUCAUUCAGAGCUUAAGACCUAGCCCUGUCCCUAUGAGAUUGCCAAGAGCAGGGAGGAAGCAAGGCGAGACCAUAUCCAAAGGCCAUCGCAAUUACGAGCUCAUGCUUAAUCUACAGCUUGGAAUCAGACAUGCUGUUGGAAAGCAAGCUCCGGUUGUGUCUCUUGAUCUUAAGCAUUCAGCUUUUGAUCCAAAGGAGAAGGUGUGGACGAGAUUUCCACCAGAAGGAACCAAAUACACACCUCCUCAUCAAUCUAGUGAAUUCAAAUGGAAAGACUAUUGCCCAUUAGUUUUCAGGAGCUUGAGGAAGCUAUUCAAGGUAGAUCCAGCUGAUUACAUGUUAUCUAUAUGCGGUAAUGACGCCCUUAGGGAGCUAUCAUCCCCUGGCAAAAGUGGAAGCUUUUUCUACUUAACAAACGAUGACCGUUACAUGAUAAAGACAAUGAAGAAGUCUGAAACUAAAGUGCUUCUGAGAAUGCUUGCAGCAUAUUACAACCAUGUUCGAGCAUUUGAGAACACUUUGGUGAUUAGAUUCUACGGUCUCCACUGUGUGAAAUUGACUGGACCAAUCCAAAAGAAGGUGCGGUUUGUGAUAAUGGGGAAUCUAUUUUGUUCUGAGUACUCAAUCCACAGACGCUUUGAUUUGAAAGGAUCUUCUCUUGGCCGUACAACCGAUAAACCUGAAUCAGAGAUCAAUUCAAACACAAUCUUGAAAGAUCUUGAUCUGAAUUUCAUUUUCAGACUACAGAAAGCUUGGUACCAAGAAUUCAUCAGGCAAGUCGACAAAGACUGCGAGUUUCUAGAACAGGAGAGAAUCAUGGAUUACAGUCUUCUUGUUGGGAUUCAUUUCAGAGAAGCAUCAGUCGCUGGAGAGCUAAUUCCUUCUGGAGCUCGCACGCCUAUUGGUGAAUAUGAAGACGAAACAGCUCCUCGUCUCUCCAGAGCAGACGUGGAUCAGCUUCUAUCUGAUCCCACAAGGUGGGCUAGUAUCAGACUUGGAGGAAACAUGCCGGCUCGAGCAGAGAGGACGAUGAGGAGAAACGAGUGUGAGUUCCAGCUAGUUGGGGAACCAACAGGAGAGUACUACGAGGUUGUCAUGAUCUUUGGAAUCAUAGACAUUCUUCAAGACUAUGACAUUAGCAAGAAACUCGAACAUGCUUACAAGAGCAUUCAAUAUGACCCUACUUCGAUCUCAGCCGUUGAUCCCAGGCUGUAUUCGAGACGUUUCCGUGAUUUCAUCUUCAAGGUCUUCACCGAGGAUAACUGAAACAAGAAGCCUCCUCUGUUUCUGGCCUUCUGAGGCUUUCUUGUGGCCCAAGAAAAAGGGUUUAGGUAUAUAUAUUCACAUUUCGGCAAAGGGCUCUGGUGCCCUGCAGCUACUACUUUUUUAAAAAAAAAACUUUUAUAAAUUGUUCUGAUUUUAUUGUAAACUAUGUAACAUCGUUUGACAUCUAUAGCAGUGAAUAUUUUGUUUUUCCUGUCUGUUCUAUUGUUUUGUUAUGAUUCGUUAUUUCACGCAUAUUAAUGACUUAAUUCUUCUGUGGG